UUAUAAACAAAACUCCGACCAUCAUCAUCUACUACUAGCUCAUCGCUCUGCAAUUUCGACUCUGUGUUUGUGUGUGAGAGAGAGAGAGAGAGAAAUUGAAUGAAUAAUGGGUUACAAAGCUCUAGACCGAAUCACGAGGUCGGACAUAGAAAAAGAGGUUGGAACUGUCGCAGCGGCGGGAGUCGCUGAGAGAAUCCACGAGAAGCUAACGGAGAUCGUGAGGAAUUAUGGAGCCGACACGCCGGACACGUGGCGGAGUAUCUGCGAGCAUGUCCUCAGCCCUGACCUUCCUUUCUCUCUUCACCAGAUGAUGUAUUACGGUUGCUACAAUGGCUACGGCGCUGACCCGCCUGCUUGGAUACCCGACCCCGGAACUGCAACCUUAACAAAUGUUGGCCAGCUAUUGGAGAGGCGGGGAAAAGAGUUUUUGGGUUCAAAAUAUAAAGAUCCCAUAUCAAGCUUCUCUGACUUGCAGGAAUUUUCAGUCUCAAACCCUGAGGUUUAUUGGAAAACUGUUUUGGAUGAAAUGAGCAUAUCUUUUUCUGUACCUCCCCAAUGUAUCUUACGGGAUAGUCCAUUUGGGAAAAGCCAUUCGUCAUACCCAGGUGGUCAGUGGCUUCCUGGAGCUUAUUUGAAUCCAGCGGAGAAUUGCUUGAGUUUAAAUAGCCAGAGAAGUUUGGAGGAUAUAGCAGUAAUAUGGCGUGAUGAAGGGGAUGAUAUUUUGCCUGUAAAUAGGAUGACCGUCCGGGAAUUUCGUGCAGAGGUUUGGUUAGUUGCACAUGCAAUCAAAACACUGGGUUUGGACAAAGGAUCUGCAAUUGCAAUUGAUAUGCCAAUGAAUGUCAGUUCUGUGGUUAUCUACCUAGCUAUUGUUUUGGCUGGCCAUGUAGUUGUGUCGAUAGCUGAUAGUUUUGCUCCACGUGAAAUAUCAACAAGGCUGAAAAUAUCAGAAGCAAGAGCCAUAUUUACUCAGGAUUUGAUUAUUCGUGGUGACAAAAGUAUACCCUUGUACAGUAGAAUUGUGGAGGCUCAGUCACCAAUGGCAGUUGUUAUUCCCGCCAGAGGUUCUAGCUUUAGCAUGAAAUUGCGGGAUGGCGACAUUUCUUGGCAUGAUUUUCUAGGAAGAGUUAAACAUUUCAAAGAGUGUGAAUUUGCUGCUGUAGAACAACCAGUAGAAGCAUUUACAAACAUCCUUUUCUCAUCUGGAACUACAGGGGAGCCAAAGGCAAUUCCUUGGACCAGUGCAACACCUUUGAAAGCUGCUGCAGAUGCAUGGUGCCACUUGGAUAUCCAUAAAGGUGAUGUCGUUGCUUGGCCCACCAAUCUUGGGUGGAUGAUGGGUCCUUGGCUAGUAUAUGCGUCAUUGUUAAAUGGGGCUUCCAUGGCAUUGUUUAAUGGAUCUCCCCUUAGCUCUGGCUUUGCCAAGUUUGUUCAGGAUGCUAAAGUGACUAUGCUUGGUGUCAUCCCAAGUAUUGUCCGGGCAUGGAAAAGUACAAAUUGUAUGGCUGGCUAUGAUUGGUCUGCCAUCCGUUGCUUUGGCUCCACUGGUGAGGCAUCUAAUGUUGAUGAAUACCUAUGGCUGAUGGGGAGAGCGUGCUACAAGCCUAUCAUUGAAUAUUGUGGUGGCACGGAGAUUGGUGGUGGAUUUAUUACUGGUUCAUUUUUGCAGGCUCAAUCAUUGGCUGCUUUUAGCACACCGGCUAUGGGUUGCAGUUUGUUUAUUCUUGGCAGCGAUGGUUAUCCCAUUCCAGAGAAUGUACCAGGGAUUGGUGAAUUGGCACUUGGUCCCCUCAUGUUUGGGGGUUCUAAUAAACUGCUGAAUGCUGACCAUCAUGAUGUCUACUUUAAGGGAAUGCCCCUUUGGAAAGGAAGGGUAUUACGGAGGCAUGGGGAUGUGUUUGAGCGUACAUCUAGAGGAUACUAUCAUGCACAUGGUCGUGCAGAUGAUACAAUGAAUCUUGGAGGUAUCAAGGUGAGUUCUGUUGAAAUUGAACGCAUAUGUAAUGCAGCUGAUAACAGUGUACUUGAGACAGCUGCCAUUGGGGUGCCUCCUUCUGGAGGAGGGCCUGAGCAGUUGGUAAUUGCUGUUGUAUUCAAGGAUUCAGAAAACACGACGGCUGACUUAAAUCAGUUGAGGAUAUCUUUCAACUCAGCAGUGCAGAAAAAACUAAAUCCUUUAUUCAGGGUUUCUCAAGUUGUGCGUCUCUCCUCUCUUCCAAGGACAGCAUCAAAUAAGGUUAUGAGAAGGGUUUUGAGGCAGGAACUUGCUCAAGGUGACCGAAAUCCUAAGUUAUGAAGGAUGGAUGUAUGUUAUUCUUGAUGAAUUCACUUUUGUCUGGUAUAUUCAGGCUCUGUUAAAGUGUAAAAUAACUAUGUACAAGGGUCUCUAUCCCACGAAAUAUGAACAAAAAAUAAACUAGAUUGAAUGAAUAAUGCAAAAGGAGAGCUUAUAUAUUGGCACUUUUUCUACA